AUGCGGAUUCUGCUGCUCUGGACGGGCGCUGCAGCGGCGCUGCAGCUUUUCGAAUAUGCGGGGGCUCGCCCUUUGGGUGUACAGACACUGCAGGACGGCGCGCUGCAGCAGCAGCAGCAGCAGCAGCAGCAGCAGCAGCCCUCUCCCGGCGCGGAGGCGGUCGCUUCUGCCCCCCUCCCGGACGCGGACUUGCUGCUGCCGGCUGCGGCGGCUUCGCGGCGCGCCCCGGCGGCGGCCGCUGCUGCUUCUCCCGCUGCAGCAGCAGCAGCAGCAGCAGCUCGCCUCGGGCUUUUGCUGUCGCUCUCAGCAGUGCUCUUCCUGGCGCUCUCCUGCGCCCGCUCGCUGCAGUCUUCCUUCCGGCCUUCCUGGGGCCUGGUGAACAGGUCUCUGGCGGGGAACGGGGACUCCUGCGGCGGCGCAGCAGCAGCAGCAGCAGCAGCAGCAGGCGCGAGGGAGGGGGACGAGUCGGCAGCAGCAGCAGCAGCGGCGGCGGGGGCGUCUGCGGGGGCGUACCGGCAGCGCGCGGCGGCGCGGACGGCGUCGGUGGGGAUUGUGGGGACGGCGGGCGCAGCAGCAGCAGCAGCAGCAGCAGCAGCAGCAGGAGUGCGGCGGCGGUCGCCGCUGCACCGGCAGCUGGACCUGCUGAGCGCGCAGCAGCAAGACCUGGUGGGGCUGAACAACAUUGAGAAGCAAAUGGUGCUGCAGGCGAGACAAGAACUCCAGUUUCUGGGCUUCGAGGCCCGCGGCCACGAGGAGGACCAGCAGCAGCUGCAGCAGAUGGUGAGAGCAGCGCAGCAGGGCUUCUCGGAGUCGCAGCAAAUGGCGGAGCGGCUGUCGCUGGGCCGCAGCAUCGUGGAGGCCUCUGCUGCUGUGCUGCAGCAGCGGCAGCAGCUGCUGCAGUCCGUCAGCCACAAGCUGCUGCGCGCGCAGCAGCGCCUCGAGAGGGCCAAGUGGGACCCCUCGCAAGACAGAGAAGCUUUGCUGCUGUUCGCCCGCUCCUUUGCUUCCGACCGCUACUUGUCUGCUGCUGCAGCACAGGCCCUUGUUGCUGCUCGCAAGGUGCUGCAGCACGAGGUCUUUGCUGCGGGGCCGCUGGCGCCCGCCGACGAGGCCAAGUGCAUGCAAAUGGCCUCCUGGAUGGUGCAGCAGCUGCGCGUCGCCCACGUGCCCACUGCAGCAGCAGCAGCAGCAGCAGCAGCAGUCGCCGAGGCGCAGCAAAAGGAGGCCCGCGACCUCGUCCAGGAAGCACUUAUUAUUGUCGAGCUGCUGCGCGCA